CAAAACAGAUCAAGCUAAAAUCAACUACCAAAACCAACUAUAAAUAUCCUCCAAACCCAUACCCUCCACAGCAUAUACAAAGCCACCAUUUUUACAUUUUUGCAAAUACCAUAUUCAUAUAAAAUGGAACAAGCAAAGAGGAUUGCUGUUGUCACUGGAGGAAACAAAGGAAUUGGGCUAGAGAUUUGCAGACAAUUAGCUUCUAAUGGGACAAUGGUGAUUUUAACAGCAAGAGAUGAGAAACGUGGUCUCGAAACUGUGGAAAAUCUCAAAGCUUGUGGGCUAUCUCAUAUACUUUUUCACCAGCUUGAGGUGACAGACCAGGCCAGUAUUGCUUCCAUGGCUGAUUUCAUCAAAAAUAAAUUCGGGAAGCUUGACAUAUUGGUGAAUAAUGCAGGAAUUUCUGGAAUCACAAUUGAUGAUGUGUUACGUUCAGAUGCUACAUCAGUAAAAGAUGUUACCAAUCAAAGUUAUGAAGGGUCAGAAGCUUGUUUGAGAACCAACUAUUAUGGAGCAAAGCAAGUAACUGAAGAGCUUAUUCCACUUCUUCAACUAUCAAACUCUACUAGAAUAGUUAAUGUCUCCUCCACCUUGGGGCAAUUGAAGAAUAUUGCAAAUGGAAGGGCGAAAAUGGUACUGAGCGAAGGCGACGAACAUGCAGAAGAGAAAGUAGAUGAGGUAGUAAAUCAGUUUUUAAAGGAUGUUAAAGAGGACAUGUUGGAGACCAAAGGAUGGCCUAUCAAUCUCUCUACUUAUGUUGUCUCUAAAGCAGCUCUUAAUGCCUACUCAAGGAUUUUGGCAACAAAAUUCCCCAAUUUCCAAGUAAAUUAUGUUAGCCCUAGUUUUGUUAAAACCAACAUGAACUGCAAUAAUGGAGAGUUUGAUGUUGAAAAAGGCGCGAAAGGCCCUGUAGCGCUAGCUUUGACACCUGUUGGUGGCCUUUCUGGAUUGUUCUUUGAUCGGAUGGAAAUGUCAAGCUUUUGA